UCUUAGCACUCAUAUGAUUGGUCAGCACAAUGUGCAAGUUCCCGCCAUCUUCUGAGUGAACAUCUUGUUGUUUUGCAUUCGCUGGAACAUUGGAGUCCUACUCAAAAGACAAAAAAUGUGGCAGAAUCAAGGAGGAGGCUUCAACCAAAGUGGCUAUGGAGACCAGGGUGGGGGGUACAUGUCCCCAGGGGGAUUUGGCACCCCCCAGCAGUCACAGGAGAGAAAGAGUCGUACCCGCGCCCAGAAUAUCAUGCCCAGCACCGUGGCCCAGGUCCUGAAUGCCGACCAGACUGAUGACAAGUUCUACCAGGGAGACGUGGAGCUGUCACAGGUAACGAUUGUGGGUUUGGUGCGGACAGUGAAAGAGUCCCCAACACGUAUUGAUUAUGAGAUUGAUGACAUGACCGGCCCACCCCUGGAAGUUAAACAGUUUGUAGACAAUGAUGAGAACCUGCCGGAGGAGGAGCGGGUGCAGGCUAUGCGGGAAAACACCUAUGUCCGUAUCUAUGGACAUCUGCGCUCCUUUGCUGGCAAGCGCAGUGUGGUUGCCUUCAAGAUGACCCCUCUGACAGAUAUGAAUGAGCUGAGUUGCCACAUGCUGGAAGUCAUCCACUCCAACAUCACAUUGUCCAGUGCUCAGAGUGCAGGAGGUGGUGGGAUGGCGUCCAACAACACUGGUGCUGGCUUCAGUGACAUGGGUGGCGGUGGUGGUGGCGGAAGCACCAUUCCUGGUCUAUCCCCACUACAAUCACAGAUACAACUGAUCAUAAAGAACCACCCAUCUGACACUGGGGCCAGCAUCGACGCUGUGUGCAAACAACUCCGCUCUGUGCCCGAGCAGCAGAUCAGAGAAGCGGUUGACUUCCUGAGUGGUGAGGGUCACAUCUACUCCACAAUAGACGAGGAUCAUUACAAGGCCACAGAUGGCUGAUGUCGUCAUUCGGUGCUGGAUCUCUACAUCAUAUACGCAGACAUUGCUAGAAGGUUUGCUGAUUCCCCUCCGGGAAGUAGGGAGCAGGUGUUGGUGUGGACAUCUACCUCGUCCAGUACAACACCAGUGUAAUUAUGUAUAUAAGCUGAACACAUUAAAUGUGAAAAAUAACUGA